AUUUGAAUUUGACAGUAUUUGACAUAGUUUUGACAUAAUUCUCACGCCUUGCUUAACUUCAAGAAGUGGCUAAUUAAAUACUCUAAAUGCCGGUGUAACUCUGUUUGUCUAUAGUGAUUGUUUUUCGAAUUAAACACUUUUAAAUUUAAUAUUUUUAAGGUGAUACUAUGACUCUGUUCCAAAACCUGAUGUUACUCUUAUCACAUUGCUAAAUUUUAAAGAAUUAACUAGUAACGGAGAAUAAAAAACAAUAAAAAUAUGAAUCCAUCCCCAUUAGCACUCAAAACUGACGAGACCCAAAUUAUAAAAUAUGGUGGUGAAAGCGAUUAUACUGUACCUGUUAAUUCGAAAGAACUCAUUAUACAAUGCAAAGCAGGAACCCACACCCAGGGUAGCUCCAAAGUAUUAUUAAAUAAUAGGAUCGAUUAUAAUUGGGAAGUAAAAUUGUAUCAGGGGCAGUUAGUUUCUGUCCACAUAAAUGGAAAAGUUUUAGCUUUUGCCAUGAAAGGUAAAGAUGGGGGCAUGGUUAGAGUAGUCAAUCAAGAGACGAAUCAAAGGGCUUUGAUCAAAAACUUGAAAACAGAUGUUAGAGACGUAUCUUUUGCUUUUUUGAAGGAAGAAAUUAUUUUAGGAUGUGUUGACGAUGUGGCGAAUAUUUUUAUCUACAAAAUUGAAGACAGUCUUCAUUUUAUCAAAUACAAGUUGUUACUCCAUAUAUAUCACCCAGAUGCUUUAAAUAAUCCCCCUUCCAACUAUAGAAUGGUUUGGUGCCCCUAUUUACCAAGUUCCGAGGAUGAUCCUGAAGCAGGUGAAGAGACGGCCAAAAUGUUUGUAUUUUUGAAUGGAUCAAAAGCUGAAGUUUGGGACGUAUGUUCUAUUUUAUCGAAGAAUCCAGACGAUGCUGUGAAACCGGAUGAAAAUCAUGAGGGAUAUGUUGAAAUUCUCCAUUCUAUGCAUGUUGUGGAUGUUUCCUUUUCAUCAGACGGGACAGCUAUUGCUACAGCGUGUCUUGAUGGAUACGUUAAAUUUUAUCAGGUUUAUAUGGGAGACAAUGAGAAACAAAAAUUGUUACAUGAAUGGACACCUCACGAGAGUAAACCUCUUUCUUGUUUGAUUUUUAUAGACAAUGUUCUAGAAUAUAGCUCUGACUCCAGAUUCUGGAAAUUCGCCAUAACAGGUGCCAACCACAAUUCUGAACUCAAACUAUGGUCAUGUGAAUCCUGGACUUGUUUACAGACGAUUCACUUUCAAAAUGACCCCCAUUCUUUGCUAUCAAAUCUCUUUUUCAAAAUCGGAAUCGAUCAUUCUGGUCAAUAUGUCGUCAUGUCGGAUAUCAACAACAGGAUAUUGUAUGUGAUGCAGAUUCAGAGGAGCGAUGCCGAAAAAUUGGUCGCCGUCAAAAGCAUAUCACAAUUUUUAUUACCUGCCACGUUUUUGAGUUUCCACAUAACCAAGGCGGAAACUCAGACGACGCCUUUCAUUUCUAACAGUGAUGAGGAUUUGUAUGAUACUGAAGAAUUCGAAGAAGAUGUGGAAUACAAUGGAGUUAAUAUCAAUAUGUUGGUAAUUCAACCUAAGAAAUUUCAGGAGUGCAAUAUUGUUUUUACGCCAGAGUCUUAUCUUAAUAAUUACUUGGGCAACUCAAAUCAGGGCUGUGAUAAUAACUCAACUUCCAAUGAAGUUGAAGUGGAAAAAGUACCUGAACUGGACGAUUUGCAGUCAUCUGUAACUCUCCUUAUUCAGCAACAAAGUAGCAAGUCACAAUUGAAUCUCAUGACACCUGAGGAUUUUACAUCUAGAGCUAGCAGUGUCAGGAAUUCUAUAGAACCAACAAAAGAAAAGUCGCCAGUUCCAUCUGUUGAAAAUACAGGGGAUUUGGAUAGGCCGCAAAAAGGAAACUUUGCCAGUGGUGGCUCUAGUCCAAGCAGAGAGGUUCAAGAAAUUCUAUCUCUCAAUAAUUCUACAUACAGCAAUCCGGAAUAUUUCGAGAACUUAUCGUCUAAAUUACAAGAAUCGGAAGCGCCCACUAAAAUUUAUAAUCAGAAGGAGAAUAUCUUCCCUGAAGUCAUCAGCAAUAAGGAAAUGAUUUGGCCAAAAAUUCCUGUAGUUACUGACAAUGGAAUGGAAGUGAAUUCUACUAUAGAUUUUAAUAUGAGUAAAGAGGAGCCAAACCGAGACGAAAUUCAUAAUUCUCAACUUCAAGUUCUGAAUUCCCGACUUGCUAGCUUAGAAACGGCCCUCAGAGAACAAACGAUGUUGAUGGAGAGCCUGAAAAAGGAGAUGUUUUCAAACAAGAUGCUACAAAACAAUGUAAAAAUGGAAAUACGAGAUGAAGUUUCUAAGGAAUUAGAAGUUGCCAUGUCGAAACAUCAGCUACAAAUGGCGAAAUUCUUAGAGAAUUUCUUCAGCAUGCACAAAUUCCAAGAACAAGAUUUGAAAGAGUCUUUACUAAACAGCAUAUCUGAGAUGAUUCUUGAUGCAUUCGUUGAGAGAACUCCUGUUAUAUUUGGCCAUGAAAUGAAGGUUACAAUUUUACCUACUGUUAUGAAAAUGAUGGAAAAUUUGAGACAUCAAUUGGAUAAUCAGUUUAGUCAAAGGGUAAAUCAAACAGAAAUGUUCCUGAAAGAGAGCGUAACGGGAAUUGUCGCCAAUGAGACUUUAACAGAUGCAAUUAGUCAAUCUGUCGCUCGUACAAUAGGACCAUUGUUAGAGAAGUGUUAUAGAGACAUGAUAACAAAUAAUUUAAUACCAUCUUGUGAAAAGGUUUGUGGAAAUAUGUUCCAACAGAUUAACGAUACUUUCAUUAAAGGCACCAAAGAAUAUGCAUCGUGGGUGGAAGCUUAUUUGGAGCGUCAACGUAAAUCUCAAGAAAGAGGCAAAGAUUUAGUAACACAUAUAAAUACAGCAUCGGAUAAUUUAAAAUUGUCGUCGGAGCAAUUACUCAGUACGGUCAAUUUGGAAAUACAAAAGAAUAUCAAUUCUGGUUUCAAAAGUAUGCAGGAUAAACUCAUGGAAACCAUUAGUACCAAGAUCAGCGAUGAAGUGAAGAAAGGGUUCAAGUCUCAAGCAUCGGUGAUAGAAGACAGUGUAAUGAAUGCUGUCCGUUCCAGAUCUGUAACUCCGGCUCCUCAUAUGGUCGAUACACACGUAAAGUUCAGCAAGAUCCGGCAGUAUCUGUCAAGUGGGGAAAUCGAGGAGGCUCUGAAAUUGGCACUUUCAGCGGAGAAUUUGCAAUAUGUCGUUUAUGUUUGUGAGAAAGUGGAUGUGAAUUCUGUGUUUGGAGGAAAUAUUUUUUUACCGCAAAGUUGUCUUCUUGCCUUAAUACAACAACUCAGUAUGGACCUGGGUUACAACACCGAAAUCAAACUAAGUUAUAUUCAUGCAGCUAUAUUAGGAUUAAAUAGGAAUGACCCCGAUACAAAACGAUUUGUGAACAAAGUUUUAAGGGAUUUAGCCCUACAACUCACUAGUUUUAUUAAUUCUAAUCCUCCUUAUAAGUUUAAAAGCUCUGCGAGUAUUUUAUUAAUGGCAAUAGAAAAUGUUAAUUCCAAUAUGUUCAAUAUGAGUAUUUAAUUUUAAAAUGACGAAACUUUCCUAUUUAAAAUUUUAUUGCUUUGAUUCUGUGAAGACUGUAAGUGAAUGUAGUAUUAACAAUUUUGUAAUGUCAGUUUAUAAAGAGUAGAUAUUUACAAUAAAACCUUUUCCAAUA